CCUACUCCUAGGUCAAAGUUCGAUCGGACGUAGUUUUAGUCCAGGUGUAUAGAGGCUGUUAGUCGCUUGUAGAAGUCGUUGCUCCAGAUCGACCGAGUGCGGUGAUAACGAGCUUAUCGAUACGACACGAGCAGUAUCAGCAUACAUCCCCGAAGUUUGAAUUACAGCUACGGUACGACAAUGUCGGAUACAGCAAUGGCUGAUGUUGAGGUUGAGGCUCCCACUACAGUCGUGGAGGAGCAAGAGCCGCCUAUGCCGCUCUUCAACCCCCUCGCGAUGAACCUCGCUGUCGCACUUUCCAGCAUCGCCCCCAUCAUUCCCGCCGAAGCACACGCAAUCCUCGCAAACCCCGCGACACCUACCGCGCAAUACCUCGACACCCUCUCCCUUCUCGCGCUCGAUCCGCGCUUCACACUCCACAUCCUGGCCGCAUACCGCCCCAUCUUCCCCGACCUUGUUGCACGUUGGCACCAAGCCGUCGAGACACGCGUCGAGGAUCUUGCGUGUGCGUUUGGUCGUGUGUUGGCGAUAGCUCCACAUGUUGCCGAGUACGCUGUUGAGUACCUCCAUUGUGGUUCCUCAUUCCUCCGCUCCUUGACUGGAGUUACGUCAAAGUCGACGGAUGAGGAAGUUACGGAGUGCGACGCGGAACGUACGAAGGAGUUGUUGCUCGCUGCGUAUAGGCUUGUGAGGUUCAAGAAGGAUGCGUUUUUGGGAUUGGUGGACGUUUCUACCAUGUUUGCGUUGUUUAGGCAUCCUUCGCUCCCCGUCCGGGCUCUUGCGAUUGAGUUGUGGUGUAUCACCCUUUCCGCUGCAGAUGCUGCGCGUUUGGAGAUGAUUCGUGCGCAUCUCGGUGAGGGGGCGGUUACGGGAUCUUGGGAGGGUACGGAAGAUAUGGAUUACGGGUUUAUCUCGUAUAUGGAAGACAGGAGGGAAAAGAUGGAGCAAGUAAAGUACAUGAACCAGGACUACUUAACGGAAAACACGGACGCCCAGCCCCGCGUUCUGAAGGAAGAGGAUUUGAGCCCCUUCACAGUUAAUUUGUCGGGGAUUUUGUUGCCGAGGUUUAGGGAUGUUGGACCCCAGAGCACUCCAGUUGUUUUGACGCCGACCACGAAGAGGAAUGUCGCGGCGAUCGCGAAGGCUCUGUUGGGUCGCGCACCCAUCUUGCUUACAGGGUUGUCGGGAAGUGGAAAGACUUUCUUGAUUGAAUCAAUUGCGCACGCACUCGGUCGCGCUGAAGACCUCGUCCGCAUUCAUUUGGGUGACCAAACUGAUGCGAAACUUUUGUUGGGAACUUAUGUUACCUCCAACACCCCUGGUGAAUUCACCUGGCAGCCUGGAGUGUUGACCAAAGCCGUCCGAGAGGGAAAGUGGAUCCUUGUCGAGGACGUCGAUAAGGCUCCUGCGGAGGUUUUGAGUGUUCUCCUGCCUUUGAUGGAGAGAGGCGAGAUUGGGAUUCCGUCGAGGGGGGAGACGGUCAAAGCUGGACGUGGGUUCAGGAUGAUUGCGACCAAAACUCUUCCGGAGAGUUAUGGACGGAGAAAGAAGCACCUCGAAGCCGAGACCGAAAGCGGCAUUGGAGGGCAUUUGUGGGAGAGGGUCGUGAUUGAGCUCGCGCCUGAGGAUGAGUUGUUGGAGAUCGUGGCGAAGAGGUUUCCUGUCUUGGCUACGAUUGCGGAACGGAUCGUUGAUGUGUAUAAAGCUGUGCGGGAGACGUAUCGUGACCCUGCGUUCUUUAUGAUGUCCAAGACGUCCCUUGGACGGGCUGUUACGACGAGAGAUUUGGUCAAGUGGUGUACCCGCAUCACUGCACUGUAUGCUAGCGCUGGCAUCACGAAUCCUGAUGCGCCCGUUAGUCAGGGAUUACAGGAUUAUAUCUUUGCGGAGGCUGUUGAUUGUUUCGGUGGUAUGAUUCACACGAUCGAUGGUCGCGAAUACCUUGUCUCGAGGAUUGGGACUGAGCUUGAGGUACCGCCUGAGCGUGUUCAGUUGUUUUUGCGUGCGCAUGUUCCACGUCACGCCGAGGAUGAGGAGACGCUUCAGGUUGGAAGGGCUGUGAUGAGGAAGAAUGUUGCUGCCGCGCAGGCGAUUUCGAGGAGGAAGAGACGCCCGUUUGCGACGACGGGGCAUGCGUUGAGGUUGUUGGAGCAGCUUGGUGUUGCGGUUACGUUGUCUGAGCCUGUUCUCCUUGUCGGUGAGACAGGUACGGGUAAGACUACCAUUGUACAGCAGCUCGCCGAUACCCUCGGGCAUAAUUUGGUUGCGAUUAACUUGUCGCAACAGACUGAGUCGGGCGAUUUGUUGGGUGGGUAUAAGCCCAUCGACGCCAAGAUCCUUGCAGUCCCGUUGAAGGAAAGCUUUGAUGUGAUCUUUGAGAGGACGUUCUCGAUGAAGAAGAAUGCGAGGUUCAUGGAGGUCGUCAAUAAAGUCUAUGGUGCGCAGGAGUGGAACAAGCUCGUCAGGCUAUUCCACGAGUCGGUCAAGUUGGCUGAGCAGAGACUCGCUACGCUUAAUGCUCCCUCCGAGGAACCCACUAAGAAGAAGAGAAAGGUCGAUCCGGAGCUUGUGGGGCUUUGGGAUCAGUUUGCGAAGGAUGUAGCCAACUUUGAGGUUCAGCAGAGUCAGAUUAGCAAGUCUUUUGCGUUCUCGUUCGUUGAGGGAUCGUUGAUCAAGGCUGUUAGGAAUGGUGAUUGGCUUUUGCUGGAUGAGAUUAAUUUGGCUGCUGCUGAUACGCUCGAGUCCAUCUCUGGGUUGCUUCAGGAGGGCGGUGGGUCGAUUAUGUUGUCCGAGAAGGGUGACAUUGAGCCUAUUAAGCCCCACCCCGAGUUCCGCAUUUUUGCGAAUAUGAACCCUGCUACUGAUGUCGGUAAGAGGGAUUUGCCGAGUGGAUUGAGAAGCAGGUUUACCGAGUUGUAUGUUCACUCGCCUGAUACCAACAUGGAUGAUUUGUUGGCGAUUAUCAGGAAGUACAUUGCCCAUUUGUCGAUUGGUGAUGACCGUGCUGCGCAUGAUGUCGCGCAAUUGUAUAUGAAGGCUAAGGAGCUCAGCGAGAGUAACCGAUUGGUCGACGGUGCGAACCAGAAGCCGCACUUUAGUAUUCGUACGCUUGCGCGGACGUUGACGUAUGUUGGUGAUAUUGCGCCGGUGUACGGUCUUCGCAGGAGUUUGUACGAGGGAUUCUGUAUGUCUUGCUUGACGUUGCUUGAUAAGGCUUCUGAGGCUGUUUUGAGGCCUAUUAUUGAGCAGUACACGUUGUCUGGUGUCAAGAAUGUCAAGUCGGUUAUCUCGCAGAUUCCGAGGAGACCGACGGAGGGUGAUUAUGUUCAGUUCAACCACUACUGGAUGCAUCAAGGACAGUAUCCUGUUCAAGAGGAGUUGCAUUAUAUCAUCACUCCGUUUGUCGAAAAGAACAUGCUUAACCUCGUUCGCGCGACAGCGACCCGGAGGUUCCCGGUCUUGAUUCAGGGCCCGACGUCCAGCGGUAAGACGUCUAUGGUUGAGUACCUCGCCAAGAAGACCGGACACAGGUUCGUGCGUAUCAACAACCACGAGCAUACGGACUUGCAAGAGUACCUUGGGUCUUAUGUCUCCGACAAUGAGGGUCAGUUGAAAUUCCAAGAGGGUCUCUUAGUGGAGGCUGUCAGGAAGGGUUACUGGAUUGUGCUUGAUGAGUUGAAUUUGGCGCCUUCGGAUGUUCUUGAGGCGCUUAACCGUUUGCUCGAUGACAACAGGGAGUUGCUCAUCCCCGAAACCCAGGAGGUCGUCAAGCCACACCCUCACUUCAUGCUUUUCGCUACUCAAAACCCCCCGGGUCUUUAUGGUGGACGUAAGGUCCUUUCUCGCGCGUUCCGCAACCGUUUCUUGGAGUUGCAUUUCGACGACAUUCCAGAGAGCGAAUUGGAGGAGAUUCUGUGCAAGCGCUGUCAGAUCGCUCCUUCUUAUUGUGCCAGGAUUGUCGAGGUCUACAAGCAGUUGGCUAUCCGUCGUCAGUCAACCAGGUUGCUUGAGCAGAAGAACAGUUUUGCGACGUUGCGUGAUUUGUUUCGUUGGGCUGGUCGUGAAGCCAUUGGAUAUCAGCAGUUGGCUGAGAAUGGAUACAUGCUCCUGGCUGAGCGUGUCCGCAAGGAUGAAGAGAAGGUCAUCGUUAAGGAAGUCCUUGAAAAGGUUAUGAAGGUCAAGAUCGACGAGGCCGCCCUCUACAAUGUCGCGGCGUUGCCCGAGUAUGAGCUGUAUGCAUCGAAGUCCUUGUCCCAGGGCGUGGUUUGGACUAAAGCGAUGCGGAGAUUAUAUACCCUUGUAUCUCAUUCUUUGCGGUGGAAUGAGCCUGUCUUGCUUGUUGGAGAGACUGGAUGUGGUAAGACCACUGUUUGUCAGAUGUUGUCGGAUGCGUUCGCCAAGGAAUUGCACAUCAUCAACGCACAUCAGAACACGGAAACCGGCGAUAUCAUCGGUGCUCAGCGCCCGGUCAGGAACCGGGCUGCAAUGCAGACGCAGCUUACGAAGGACCUGUUAAGAUUCUUUGCACAAUAUGCCCCGGAGCUGCAAUUUGACGCUGACGCUGCUCCGACCGAACUGGUAUCGGCGUUUCAGGGCUUGGAUCUUGCCGGUCCUAUAUUCUCAUUGCCAGAAUGUACAGCAGCCAUUGCACGAAUCGAAGACGGCAUUCGCCGAGUCAAGGUGUUAUUCGAGUGGAGUGACGGUACCCUCAUCACCGCACUGAAGCAAGGUGAUCUCUUCCUUCUGGAUGAAAUCUCACUUGCCGAUGAUUCUGUCCUUGAAAGACUCAACUCUGUCUUGGAACCUGCUCGUACUAUCACUUUGGCGGAGAAGGGCACCGAUGCAAGCAUCGUGACGGCAACUCAAGGUUUCCAGUUCUUUGCCACCAUGAACCCCGGAGGUGAUUAUGGAAAGAAGGAGCUGUCCCCAGCUUUGAGAAACCGUUUCACAGAAAUUUGGGUGCCGACUAUGGGUGACCCUGAAGAUGUCCUCCAGAUCGUUGCUGGUCGGUUGAAUGAUAAUGUGCGCAGCUUCGCACCUAAGAUGGUGGAGUUCGCCGACUGGUUCGGCAGAACAUUCGCUAUUGGUGCAUCUGCAUCCACUAUCUCCAUCCGUGACAUCCUGGCGUGGAUUGGAUUUAUGAACAAUGCGUCGAAGUCUAUCGACGAUGUGCUUGCACUCUUCCACGGUGCUUGCAUGGUCUUUGUGGACGGUCUCGGCUCCAAUGCGUCAUCUGGGUUGGGAGUUGACCCUCAAGGUCUUCAGCGGGAGAAGUUGAAGUGUGUUAACAAGUUGUCUGAUAUCCUUGGUGCGGACUUGGUCGCUGAGUACAAUCGUCGUUACCCAGUUCAUGUUACCGUUGAGGUGUUCGGUUUAGGACCGUUCGUCAUCCCUCGCGGUGAGCAUGGCUACAUGAACAUGUCGUUCAACUUGCAGGCCCCCACUACCGCUGCGAACGCCAUGCGAGUUUUGCGUGCUCUGCAAGUGCGGAAGCCUGUCUUAUUGGAAGGCAGUCCUGGUGUUGGUAAGACCAGUCUUGUGUCCGCCGUUGCUGCAGCCGCCCAACAGCCAUUGACUCGUAUCAAUUUCUCCGAGCAGACCGAUCUUAUGGAUUUGUUCGGUUCUGAUGUUCCGGUGGAAGGUGGUCAAAGUGGUGAGUUCGCAUGGCGAGACGCACCGUUCUUGCGUGCCAUGCAACAGGGUCAUUGGGUUCUUCUUGAUGAGAUGAACUUGGCUUCUCAGUCUGUCUUGGAAGGACUGAACGCUUGUCUGGAUCACCGUGGUGAGGCCUAUAUUCCCGAGUUGGACAGGUCUUUCACGUGUCAUCCUAACUUCCGGGUGUUUGCGGCGCAGAAUCCCGUUUCCAUGGGUGGAGCUCGUAAAGGUUUGCCAAAAUCUUUUGUCAACCGCUUCACACAAGUGUAUGUCGAUACUUUGACUGAUGAAGAUAUGCUUCUGAUUUGUCAGCAUCUCUUUCCUGCUGCCGAUGCUGAAACCGUGAGCAAGCUUAUUCGCUUCGUGUUCCGGUUGCAAGAAGAAACUGUCAUUAAGCGUUCUUUCGCACAAGCGGGAAGUCCAUGGGAAUUCAACUUGCGUGAUACUUGUCGCUGGUUGGAGCUUCUCAGCACCUCAACUGGUUUGACUCAAGGAUGCGAGCCUCAUGAGUACUUAGACGUGAUCGUCAAACAGAGACUCCGCACCGAGAACGACAAACACCGUGUUGACGACUUAUAUGAGGAGGUGUUCGGUUUCAGACCUCCUACCCGUAGCACUCAUUACCAGAUCACGGACUCGUUCUUUCAGGUUGGUCACUCACUCCUCUCCCGGGAGAAGAAGUCACAGCCGUGUUUCCUUGACACUUCCACAAUCAUGCAGAGUCAGCUCCUUCCUCUAGAGCUGAUGAUGACUUGCGUCCAACAAGCGUAUCCGUGUAUCGUCAUUGGUCCUACACGCUCCGGCAAGACAACCUUGGUGAGGCUCUUGGCUGGCCUGACAGGUGCCACCUUGGAUGAGCUGGCGAUGAAUAGUGACAUUGAUACUAUGGACAUCCUUGGUGGAUUUGAGCAGAUGGACAUCAUCCGCAAGUCUUCCGGUUUGUUCCAGGCUGCGUAUCAAUGGGCCUCAAUGCUCUUGAUUGAUUUUGCGACGUCGCAGUUGACAGUGAGUUCCCAAGGUGAUCUUGUGGAGCAUGUUUUCACCUUAUGUGCAACGACGCUUUCGGGCUCAGUUGGCGACGUCCAAGUUCUGGCGAACUUGCACAUCCUUAAGGAAGCUUUGCAUCUUUUGCAACAGACCUUCCCCGAUGAAGCAGAGCUGAUGUCUUUGGUGACCCGGACUGAUGCCGUUUUGUCCGGCACACAAGGACCGACUGUGGCGCGCUUCGAAUGGGUUGAUGGUUUGUUGAUGCGCGCAGUGGAGGAGGGGCGUUGGUUGAUCCUUGAUAAUGCUAACCUCUGCAGUGCUUCAGUCCUUGAUCGUUUGAACGGUCUGCUUGAGACUAACGGAACUUUGAUAGUGAACGAACGCAGCAUGCCUGAUGGGUCGCCCAAGGUUGUUAAACCUCAUCCGAACUUCCGUCUCUUCAUGACCAUGGAUGCUCGUAACGGUGAGCUGUCCCGUGCAAUGAGAAACAGAGGUGUCGAGGUUUUCCUUGGACCGGUCGACAAAACUUCCACUCCUCAGGAUUGCCUACAGCAGUUGCGCCUUGCCGGCAUCGUUCCAAGUCUUGACGAACGCCAUGACGCGAUUCGUCGUGCCCAGGAACAUGCUCGCGCCGCUCAAAUCGGUUCUCCUAUGUGUGACAUUGUGACCAAUUCUUCCAUCACUGGCGGACGAGGGUCUGCUACGGACUCAGCCGCCAAUUUGAUCCGCACUUUUGACCUAGUGUUGAGAGACUCUCAAGCAAGCAGUCUUUCCCCCAAUGUGAUGAACUAUCUCCUUCGUGUGAUUGUUGACUACGUUCCUCUUCACCUCCGGUCGACUCUGUUUCGUUGGUUGGUGUUGGUUAUCAAGUUCGCCGAUUCCACCGAGGAUUUCAAUACAACCAUCCAUGAACUUCAUCACAGGUUUGCGUCUCUUCAGCAGCAUCCCAUCGUGCAUACCAUCAUGCGUUUAUAUGUUGCAAUUACUGGCCGUUUGAGCUUACAGGAUUCUUUUGCGGCAGCACAGACAAUUUACCCUAUGAACAAUUCAUAUUUGGUCCCUUCGUCUUCCGCUGUAGCAUCUGAUACUGGUCUUGCCGUUGCAUCCUCUCUUGCCAGCUCUUAUGAUGUUCUCGACCGCCUUGUUCGUAUGGAGGAAAUCAUGUCGCGUGUAUCCCAGCGGUCUCUUUCACUGAAGCCAUCCGCGAUGACCUUCUUGGAGCUCUCCGCUGCGACGGCGAAUGGCCGCGAAGUGGGUGAUCAAGGGCGCUCAUCGGAAGCGGUGUUCCCACUUCUGACUGCCAACAUGACCGGUCUUGCAACGUGGCUCUCUGCCAUCCCCGACAACGGGGAUUCAUUGGUCGUUGCUGAAAAGCUUGUCGAGUUCGUCGAGAUCCUCGAAGAUAUAAUUGCUUUGACCAACACCACCGAUUUCGACACCAGCUACUUCCAUGUUUACCGGAGUCUCCUGGAAGAAUGGCUCGAGGCGAACACCUCUCUUCUUCCAUCGGCCCUGUUCGAAACCUUCCGAGGGGCUCUCUUACGCUUGAGUGAUUCUUUGAUUAUGACAACUGGCAGAUCCAUGGAAGUCAUGUGGAAAACGAUGCACCCAGCUGUUCCAUCCUCAGCGGAGGCCUGGUCUGUAUUCAACGAUUUGUCCAGUCUCAUUGAGCGCUUCGAUUCGUUGGCUAAGCACACCCAUAAGCUGGGGAACGUUGAGAGCAUCGUCGAGAUAAAACACACUUUUCUACUUGUGAUGGCCGACAUGUUGUCCAGCGAUACGCUACCCUCAGCCGUUAUGGCCAGCGCGCAGCCUUUGCGGGACAUCCUUGCUCAAUUGGAGCAGAUUGAGGCGGCCCAGUCCGGGGCAAUUGAUAAGAGCUUGCAUCAGAUUACUAGCUGGUUGCUUGCAAGUAAACAACUACGUCUUAUCUCCUCGUCCCAGUCCGGUUUGUCGAGCAGCUUCGAAGGCCUUCCCAACUUGAGGGAGAUUUUGCAUUUGGCGCACCAUGCGAAUACACCUACUUUGCGUCUUCUACCUUACGCCCUGUUAUCCUCAAAGGCAAUACAGCCUCAUCAGCGGGCGGUCUUUGUGAGUCUCCUGCAUGACUUACUUGAGGGACUCAACCCUGCUGAUGAUGGCGAAGAUGCCACGAGGGGUCCAGCAUCAUUCCUGAGUGGCGACGUCACCAAGGCUGUGUUCAAAGCGCUUAAGGAAGUUCGCAAAUCCGAAACGGGACAGGUGGAUCAACGUGCACAGGAGUUCAAGGAUUUCAGUCAGCAUCUCUCCCGUCAUGCGGCAGACAUGACGGCCGACAAAGUGGAUCAGUUCCUGUCAGUCCUCGUGGGCGAGUUCCUUGAUUUGAUCACAAUUCAUCGUCAGCAUUACGAUGCAGUCCAAGUCUCAAGUAUCGAGGAAUUCCUCGACGUUGUUCGCAGUAGCUUGGAUUCACACGCAAACGCGGUCGACCUUGAUGUCUUGUGUGCUCAGGCAAUUUCCGACCUACGCUCAUUUUGCACCGAUAUCCAGCUUCCAGCUGCUACUGAUUAUCUUUCAGAUGCGCUGACCGAAAUCGCGAAGACCGUCCAGUGGGCUACUGAAUCGGUUUCGGAGCGGUUGGUGUCUUGCGGUAAAGCAUGGGCUUCAUUUGCUGCAGGCUGUCUUUACCUCUACGUGCCUAAUGUACCCUUCGAUCCUGCGAUUGCGCCCCGCAUCAAGUAUGAGAGGUGGCUCAAGCAACGGGAUGGUCUCAGCUCUUACCUGUCCGCCCUGCUGUUCUUCGGCGACCGCUUCACCGGUAACGUGGCCGAGCCUCGUCUUAUUGAUCUACAAAACAAGCUUCAGGCGAAGAGUGCACCUCCGCAAGGCAGUGUAUCUAACAUCGUGCGUCCUCCUAAGUCGCAAAUGGGAACUCUGCACCGGGAGUUGUCUCAGUUCAUGUCCUCCGUCUUGGAUAACGGUCAUUUGAGACAACUUAUCAACGAUCUGGACUCAGAGUCGAAUAACGCCGUGUCUCAGGAGAAGCUCUUCCAGCAGACAUGGACGCGCUUCUCGCAGCGCCUCCGCUCCGCUUAUCCCAUGUACAAAGACAUGCUUGAGCCGUUGCUUGGUUUCAUCGCCAAUUUGAAGUUCGGCCUUUCAACCCUUGCGGAAGGUGUUCUCAUCCGUCAGGUUGCCGACGCCUCCGAGCGCACAGAGCUCCUCGCCCAGCUCGUCAGUAUCCCGGCUCUAGCUGGGGAACUUCCUGAUGUCGAGAAGGUUUCGAGGGUCUUGCAUUGCGCCACGGAUAUUGGCGCACCCAAGUACUUCGUGGAGAAAUUGAUGGUGUUCGUUGUCUCGCAGUUAGAGUUCCAUUCUCGUCUCAAGGGCAAUUUGACAGCAUCUGACGCAGAACUUAUGGAAUUCAUCUUCCGCCGAUUUUACCAACAAUGGUCCCUGGAACGGAAGAAGCAGCUGGAAGAAAAUGAAGCAGAUGCUAGCCUCUACAGGCACAAGAAUACUGAACGCACCGAAGAGGAGCUUGAGGAGGAGUACAAGUUGAUGUUCCCUGACUACGAGGAUGUCGGUAUGACAACAACUUUGUCGUCAAGAAGCGGAAAGUCCGAUCGUGACAUGCGCAGUAACAUGCAUUCCGACCUUAUGGACAUCCAUGCCAAGCUCAUGCUUGACGUUCGCCAACGCUCCCUGGGUGCUUCCGUUGCCAGCCUGGCCACCCUGCUCGAACAAGGUCAACAGCUCGCCAGCGAUUUAUCGGAGGCGGACGUCUUACCAGUGUCUGAUGCUUCGGUCAGCAUGGCUUUGCCAUCACAAGUUCUUGCUGCUCAGAGUUCUCUUGCUUGGCUUAACGGAGUUAGUAGGGACGAAUCAUCGGAGGCCUUCUACGACUUCUACAAGGAUCCUAAUCUCCGGGAAACCAAACGUGUGAUUCCACUUCUCGAUGCACUCAUCAUCCGUGUAAAGGCCAUUCUUGACGUCUUCCCUGAGCACGUUACUCUGCAAGAUAUUCGAGGUCUGGCCGAGCAGAUCCACUCCCUGCCCUUGAUCUCGCCUUUGGCGCAGAUUCUCACAAAGCUUGAGCAGCUGUACGGGGUCGUUGAUCAAUGGCAGAAGGUGGCCAGUAGAGAGUUUUCCUUGCAAGCCCAUUGCGAUGGGAUCAGAGACCUCAUCAUUUCUUGGCGUCGCUUUGAGCUCAGCAAGUGGCCACAGCUCUUCCAUCUGCAGGACGAACACUUCCGCCGGGACGUAGGUCAAUGGUGGUUCCAAAUCUACGAGACGGCUGUUGCUAAUAUCCUGGAUCUUGAUGUUCAAGGGGAUGAUGUGAGUUCUCACAUUCUUGAACUCGUCGGCGUUCUCAGCACGUUCCUCAGUGGGGCCAAUGUUGGGCAGUACAAGGCCAGAUUGCAGUUAAUUCGCAACUUCGCGCAGUACGCUGCGACUAUCGCUAAGUUUGAUCCCAUCAUGGGUAAAAUAGGCUUGGCCUUGGAGAAUAUUGCAGAGUACUUCUCUCUUUUCAGCUCUCAGAUCGACAAAUCCUUUGAGGAGAAAAAGAAAGCACUCGAACAGAAGAUCACGGAAACGGUCAAGUUGGCUAGUUGGAAGGACGUUAAUGUCUACGCUCUUAAGGCAAGUGCGAAACGGUCGCACGUCAAGCUAUAUAACACCAUCCGCAAAUAUCGCGCCAUCCUCGAGCAACCUGCAGCUGCUAUUCUUCAGCAAGGUCUUGUCGCUGAUCCUGAGAUGACCAAAGAGUCUGGCAACGAUGUUCUGACACCACGUGACGUCCAAGUCAACGUUCAACAAGAGGCUAUUCAGCGCUCGGUGUCAUUGCUUCAGGAAUCCAACCAUAUCGAUUUUAGCAGACGCCCUGAGCGUCUCGUCAACGUGGAGCUAACUGUUCGGAACAUGUCUGGCAUCAUCUCCCGUUCUGACAGGAAUGGGCUUUCGAUUGGAUCAUCCCGUCAUUUGGAGGACUUCACGUUAUCGCUGCUGCAGGAUAUCGAAGAAUACCGGAAGCUCACUCCCAGCGUUCUGAAGGAGGAGACUGAGAACGAGGUCAAGCAUUUGAAGACCCGUAAACGAAAGGCUUUCACCGAUGCCAUGAAAGAGCUCAGACGCAUUGGACUUAAGUCUAGAAUGGCCCCCGAGGUUUUCAAGAAACAAGCCAACGUAAACGAUCUCCUUGCUAGGACACCCGGUAUUAGCGAAACCUGCGGUACCCAUGCUGGAAGAGCAGUGCUGAAAGGCGUUAAUACCUACUUCUACCGCAUCCUGGAAUUCCUUCCCCGAAUUCGAGGGUGUCUGUUCAACCACUCCGAGGAUAUCCAGAAAUCGGAGGUGCAGCGUGGUCAGUCCUUCGUCGAGUCACUUCUGACUCUCAUCUUAGAGGAAAGGUCGCUUCUGUCCGGAUGGCAGAGAGAUCUCGAGGGUUUGCAGGUCAUUUUGUCUGAAUAUCGCUCUUUAGCAGCGAACGGAGCCGUUGAGUGGUCUCUGGAAACCUUACCCGACCUGACGUGUACCGUCACGCCUGCUAUGGUGUCCGAGGUCCUUAUCAUCUUGCGCCGCGCUUGCUCCGUCUUGGCGACUUCUUUGGAAGUCAUAGCAGCUCAAAGUGAGUUGGCUUCGUUGCCGGAAUUGCAGUCAGUGUCGGAGGCUCUGCGUGCCGAACUGCAAUCCAGUUCUUCUAUUAUCAGGGACCUUGAGGAAAGCUCCGAGCAUGAAAAGCAUGUCCUGAGCACCUCGACAUCUGCUGCAGUGUUCAGGGCACGGUCAUGGUCGAAUGCAUUGUGUCAGCGUCUUGCAACAUUGGCAGUUGACCAUUCCAAUCUGGCGUAUAUGCUUGAGCCAGUCCAUGGCUGGUUGGUGAAGUCGUUCACCGUGUCGUUCCAACGUGAUGAUUCCUCACCACGGCGCUUUGACAUCGCAGCUCUUGAUUCGGGGUUGCAGAAGACUUGCGACUCCAUCCUGGUUGCUAUGCAGCGAUUGCGUAAGGGCAUAUCGGAACUUACAUCCAUUGACGGCGAAUCACUUCCUGACAACGCCGUCCAAACUAUUCAUAAGAGUAAUGUUGCUUGCGUGAAGGCCCUUCAUAUCGCCAGCCUCAUCAAACCUCUGUCUUUGAAUCUGGAGACAUUGGCUUCGAGUCUUUCAGUCAAUACCGAGGAAGAUUCUCUUCUGGUCCGCGCUCUGUUCGCGAUGGCCUGGCCCAUCAUUGAGCAGUAUGGAAGCAUCUGCGAAGAGGUGUUCCUCCAGUUCUCUGAAUACCACAGAUCUGUGCAGAAGUCUAUGUAUGUACUGUCUAGUUCGUUCUUUACCCUUGCUUCGAAGGGGUUCUGUACGCCUCAAGCUCCUGAGCAGUCGCAAGCCGGCAACUCCAAAGGCAUGUCAGAAGGUACCGGCCUGGGAGAAGGUGAAGGCGCAAACGAUAUCAGUAAUGACAUCAAGGACGAUGAAGAUCUUACUGACCUUGCACAGGAACCCGACAAGGAAGGGGACAAGGGCGACCAUGAUGCUGAGAAAGAUGCCAUUGAGAUGGAUCAAGAUUUCGAGGGCGCUUUGGAAGACCUUUCUGGCAGAGAAGAGGAAGACGAAGGCGAGGACUCCGGUGACGAAGAGAACGAGGAGCUGGACGAGAACGUCGGGGAUGUUGAUGAUCUUGAUCCAUCUGCUGUUGAUGAGAAGCAGUGGGAGGAAGAAGCAGGGGAUGAUCUCAAAGAUAGCGGGAAGGACGUCGAUCAACAGCAGGGCGGAGAGGCGCAGCAACAGGAGACAAAUACCGUUGCCAACGAAGAUAAGAAGAAAGGUGAAUCUGGCAGGAAAGAGAAGCAGGAAAGCGAAGGAGAGCCACAGGAGCAAGACGCUCAAGAUCAAGAGAUGGAAGAAGAUGGUGAAGAAGAUGUUGGAGAAGAUGACAAUCUUGAGCAUCAGGAUGGAGAAGGUUUACAGGAUCAGCACAUCCCCGAAGCCGAGAUUCUUGACCUUCCUGAAGAUCUCAACCUCAACGGCGAGGAAGAGAAGGAAGCUGAAGGUGAAGAUGAGGACGAGUUUGACAUGGAUGGACUGGACGAUAUGCCUAAGGAGGAUGUUAAGGAUGAGCCAUCUGAAAGUCGUGAGCAGGAAGACGAGGAGAUGGCUGGGCCAGAGGAGGAGAAGUUGAUGGAGGGGAAGGUUUCAGAGGAGGACAUGGACGUGGAUGAGAAGACUGAGGAAGAGCAGGAGGUUGCGGAGGAGGAAGGGCGGGAAAACGGACAGGAGGAAGAAGCUCAGAGCAAUGAGGAGGAGCAGGAAGGGCAAGAUGGACAGGACGAAGGCAUGGACGAACAAGACCAACCUGUCUCCCAGGAGGACAAGCAAAAUCCUCCUAAGAGUGAUCAGAAGAACCUUCCGGCCCAGGAAGGUCUGCAAGGUCCGGAGGAGGAUGCUGGUGACGACGGUGAGGAUGCUGGCGCCGCUCAACGCGAAGAUGGUCAGAAAGGAGCAGGUCAAUCCGGUUCGGCUCAGGACGAACAUCAAAUGCAGGAUCAAGAGGGUGAGCGCGGCGAUCAGCAGGAAAUUGCACAGGGUGCAAAUGGUGGUGCCGAUCGCGGCACUGACGCACCUCAGGAUGCAAGCAAAGCGAUGGAAGAGGCCGAGUCUUCUGGGGAGCAGGACCCUUUCCGCAGUCUUGGUGACGCCAUGAACGAAUGGAAGCGACAGGUUCGUGACAUUCUGGACAGCACUCAACGUGAAGAAGAGCAGUCAGAUGCUCCCGCCAUCGCAGAUGCUGAAGACUUUGAGUACAUUGACGACGACGAGAAGAAGCAUGACACACAAGCUCUCGGCAAUGCCACGGAGGAGCAGGCGGAAACCCUCAGGGAUGAGAUGGCUGCUGAAGAUCAGGAAGAGCAGGUUGCUCGUGCCCCGGCAGAGCGCCGUCCCGAAAUGCCCGAGCCUGCAGACGAAGAUGAGAUGAUGGCCGAUGCUCCUGAGCAAGGUGAGCCCCAAGAGGACACCGAAGCCAAGCAAAGCGGCGCUCUUAUUGGUACUCGUCCGGAUGUUCAACGGGAUCAUGACGAGCUCCGCCAAGGCACAUCUUUGGAAGACGGCCGGUAUGACGUCGACUCAGACAUUGAUGAGAUCGAGCAGGAGAUACUUGACCUUGACUUGGAUGCCAUGGGUGAUGUCGAGCCUACGCGCACUCUUGAAGAGGCUCGUGAGCUUUGGCAACGCCAUGAGCAAUCCACGCAGGAUCUUGCUAUUGGUCUUUGCGAGCAACUGCGUCUGAUUUUGGAGCCUACAUUGGCCACUAAAAUGCGAGGUGACUUCCGUACCGGCAAGCGUUUGAAUAUGAAGAGGAUUAUCCCUUACAUCGCAAGUCAGUACAAGAAGGAUAAGAUCUGGAUGCGCAGGACCAAACCAAGCAAAAGGCAGUAUCAGGUCAUGAUUGCUAUCGAUGAUUCCAAGUCUAUGGCCGAGUCUGAGUCCGUUAAUCUUGCAUUUGAGACCAUGGCUUUGGUGGCUAAGGCGCUGACUCAACUUGAGGUUGGACAAAUCUCCAUCGUCUCCUUCGGAGAGCAAACCCGACUUGUUCAUCCCUUCAGUCAACCCUUUACUUCCGAAGCCGGUACCAAGGUUUUCCAGCACUUCUCCUUCGAUCAGCAGCGCACAAACGUUCGUGCGCUCACCGAAACGUCCGUCUCCCUGUUUGAGUCCGCACGUGCUCUUCAAGAUAUCCGUGCAGGCGGCGACGAGUUGUGGCAACUCGAGAUCAUCAUCUCCGAUGGUGUUUGUGAGGACCACGAAGCCCUCAAGCGUCUUGUCCGCCGUGCUCGUGAGGAGAAGAUUAUGAUGAUCUUUGUCAUCAUUGACGCUCUACACGGUUCCCGCAAGGAUUCUAUCCUUGACAUGAACCAGGUGAAGUACGAAACUGUCAAUGGGCAGAUGAAGCUUAACAUGUCGAGGUACCUUGACACAUUCCCCUUCGACUACUUUGUUAUUGUCCGUGAUGUGAAGGAGUUGCCAGGUGUUUUGUCCAGUGCUUUAAGGCAAUGGUUCGCUGCUUUGACGCAGAGCUCGUAGGUUAUCAUAGCAUAUCAUCAGGUGUUUUCAUAUCUGUUUUUAGGCGUUCGGUACUUAUUUAGGUUGCAUUACUUAGGAUAAUAGAGAUUGC